AUGGAAAACUAUCGAAUGAAAAUCCCUUGUGAGAAAAAACUUUUUUUUGUUCAGAUUGGCCGUGCAGUAGGAGGAUUUGAUAUGAAUGUAAGAGAAGCUUGGUUAAUGGGUUAUGCUGGCAGAAAUGUCUCAAUUUCAAUUUUGGACGAUGGCAUUCAAAGAGACCACCCAGAUUUGGUCCAUAAUUAUGACCCGUAUGCGAGUACUGAUAUAAAUGACCAUGAUGCGGAUCCAACACCUCAAAACAAUGGAGAUAAUAAACAUGGAACUCGUUGUGCAGGAGAAGUUGCAGCAAUUGCUGGGAAUGAUGUUUGUGGAGUUGGUGUUGCCUUUCUAUCAAAAAUUGGGGGUGUUAGAAUGCUUGAUGGCCCUGUUAGUGAUAGUGUAGAGGCUGCUUCUUUAAAUUUAAAUCAACAACAUAUCGAUAUUUAUUCGGCAAGUUGGGGGCCAGAAGAUGAUGGAAAGACAUUUGAUGGGCCUGGAAAUUUGGCACAGGAAGCGUUUUAUAGAGGAAUCAAACAAGGACGUGGUGGUAAAGGAAAUAUUUUUGUUUGGGCAAGUGGAAAUGGUGGUUCACGACAAGACAGUUGUUCAGCUGAUGGUUAUACUACUUCAAUUUAUACAUUAAGUAUAAGCUCUGCAACUUUUGACAAUCACAAGCCUUGGUAUUUGGAAGAAUGCCCGUCCUCUAUUGCUACAACAUAUUCGUCUGCUAAUAUAAAUCAGCCGGCUAUAGUAACAGUAGAUGUCCCAAUUGGAUGUACAAAAAUGCAUACAGGAACAAGUGCUAGUGCCCCUUUAGCUGCAGGAAUUAUUGCUUUGGCGUUGGAAGCAAAUCCAUCACUUACCUGGCGUGAUAUGCAACAUAUAGUUUUGAGGACAGCAAAUCCAAAUCCUUUACUAAAUAAUCCUGGUUGGGCAAUUAAUGGUGUUGGAAGGCGUAUUAGCAAUAAAUUUGGUUAUGGAUUAAUGGAUGCUGGUGCUUUGGUUAAAUUGGCAAGAGUUUGGCAAACUGUACCUGAACAGCAUAUGUGCACUUAUGAAUAUAUUUUGGAUGCACCAAGACCUCGCCCAAUUACUGGCCGUUUUGCAAUGAAUUUUUCCUUGGAAGUCACAGGAUGUCUUCAAGGCUUACCUGUACUCUAUAUUGAACAUAUCCAAGUUAUAACAACUAUACGUUUUGGAAAGAGAGGCGAUUUAAAAUUAACUUUGUUUUCUCCAAUGGGAACACGUUCAGUUUUGUUACCUCCGAGGCCACAGGAUUACAAUCAAAAUGGCUUCCAUAAAUGGCCUUUCCUUACAGUCCAAAUGUGGGGAGAAGAUCCUAGAGGAAUUUGGACAUUGUUGGUUGAAUCAAUUUCUACUAAUAUGAAUAUUGGAGGAAUAUUCAGUGAUUGGACAAUGCUUUUAUAUGGAACAGAAGAGCCAGCCCAACCGAGUGAUCAACGUUAUGGUCCAUAUGUUCCACAACAAUUUCAUCGUCCUUCUUCUGGCGGUAUUGGACAACCUUCUCAGAACGAAACAAUAACAACAACAACACAAGAAGAAGCAGCUAUAACAUUUGGCGAUUUACGUUCUGUCGGUGAUUGUCAUCCAGAAUGUUUGGGUUGUUCUGAGAGCAAGUCUCAAACUGCCUGUUUUUCUUGCCGUCAUUUUACUCAAUCUUUGAGAAAUCGGGCUGGAUUUAAAUGUGUUUCCCAUUGCGACACCGGUUUUUAUGCUGAUGGGGAUAAAUGUAAAAGAUGUUCUUCUGAUUGCGAAACUUGUUCUUCUGGCGAAUUGUGUGAUACCUGUCAUGGGGCAAAAUUGCUUAUAGAUGUUAAACAUUAUGGACAUUUGGAUCAUGGGAGGUGUGUAGAUUCGUGUCCCUCCGGUUUAGUUGCUGUUUAUAAAAGCACAAUACAAGCCAAAUGUGUCUUAAAAAUAAAUACCUGUGCUGCUGGUUAUUUUCAAAGUGAUCAAGCUACUGGCGUGUGUUUAGAUUGUGAUAAAGCUUGUUCAUUAUGUCAUGGACCGGGCCCUCUACAAUGUGACCAGUGUGCCCCCGGCUACGGAAACUCUUCCAUCGGUUAUUGCCGUCCUUGUUGCUCAACAGAUCAAUUACAACAACACGAUACUAGUUGUGAAGAUUGUAGCCAUAUAUAUUUAACAACGCCUUAUUCCCCAUUUUCUUCUACUUUUGCCUCCACAAAUUUAUUAACAAUCAAUUCAAUUUUUAUGUCUUUCUUGUUUGUUUUUGUGCUUGUUUUGAUUGCUACUUUGGGUUGUUGGCUUUGUUACAAGUUGAUUUACUUUUGUUGUUGCAGUAAACAAAAUGGGCGAGCGGAUUUGGAGUGA